UUUAGACAAUUCCUUCAUGUAAUGCUAGCAUGAUAAGUUGUGACCUUUUGAGCUAAGGCCUCAAGGUUCAGCAUUGCAGUUGAGGCUGUCGAGAGUUGCAGGACCAUAUCCUCUGAAUUUAAUUCUCUUCAUUGGUCCUGCAGAGCCUGAGGUGGUUGAACUUCAAUUCAUACUUCUAGGAGCCCAUUGUCGUUAUAGUUUGUGAAAUGCCGCAAUUUCGAAGUGAUGAUCUGUUAUAGAAAAGCACAUAAAUAAACACCUGUUCUCAGAUACGUCAUCCAGUUGAGUGAAAAUGGGCAAGAACCUUUCUGUAUGGACAAGAGGGGGGAGGGAGGGAUAUGUUGUUGUCUGUGUUUAUAACAUUAUGUAGGUAACAGUGAUGAUAUUGUCCCUAGAACAAGGGUUCUCAACCUGUGAGUAGCUCCCUCCCCCACGAAAGCCUGUAUCUGCAGCCCUAAAGGGCAUUAAUAAUUGUUCUCUCAUGAAAUUAGCAUGCACAUUCAUUUCUUUUAGAGGGGAUACAAUCUCAGUUGAGAAGAGUCAUAGCCUAGAAGUGACAUCUCAGAUCUAGAAGAGUCACAGGUUUGUUGCAUGUCACAGGACAAAGAUAAUCUCAGAUGGCAAAGGUGCAACAGGCCUAACAGAGAGGCUCUGCUUUUGGGUUAAAGUAUUGGGCGCAAACAUGGGGAUCAGCUAGUGUUAGUGUUGCAUAGGUGGGUACUGUGAGUAUGAUCUAAAAUGUCUUUAAAGACUGUGAGCGGUUUCUUGAAGGUAUUUCACAUCAUGACAGAACCGAUAAGAAGGAAAAGCCAUCAUCGAUUCAGUAUUUUGAUGGUAAAUGCCACAAAGUGCAAUACCGGGCAAUAGGUAUCUUCUAGACCUUGUCUCCUGAAAGCAGGCAGGAACAAGACACCUAGCUUACUUCACUCUUGAGGUACUCCGGUGCUGUCUUUCAGGAUUUAAAAAAAAAAAACGAAACCAAAAAACCCACCAUAAAAACCCAACUUUGUCCACAUGUCAGAGAAUCUGAGACCCUUUCCACAGAUAUCCUAACUUCAGUGUUACAUCUUAUUGUGUAGGUGGAGGGGAAAAAAAAAAAAGGAAGCCCGCGAGGCAUUUGGAGAGCCACAAAUGGACAGUCCCCCCCAUUGGUAAACAGGUUGAGAAUCCCUGUUUUAGAGUAUAUAAAGAUAUAUCUAUACUGAGCCCCCAUGGAGCUCUUGGCUGCCACAGUGGGACUUGUUUUGGCAGCUCACAUCAAACACAGACAUCCCCACAGUGUACUCCGGUCUGCAGUAUAGGCAAAAUCCUAAUGCAGAGUAGUUGUAAAAUACACGUUGUAUUUGAGUAAGUUGGAAAAAAAUGCCAGUAUUGGCCUGAAAGAGUCCUGAAGUGUGAAAACAGUAGUGCGUGUGACUUCAAACUCUCACGGUUACAAUUUGUGCAGGUCUUGGUUAAACAGCUGUGUUUUACACCCUUGUAGAAAAGGUAAUUUAAUGUUUUCUU